UCAAAAAUAAUAAGAAUGAGAAGUCCUUACAUGAUGACAAAUAUCACAACCAGUUAUUUGACCAGUCAUGAUUUUUCAUGCAUAUUCCUGUUUGUUGUUUUUGCAAAACAGGAAAAUAUCAGAGGAGGUAAAAGGCAGGUGUUGUGCUGUUGCAGCCCUAAUCAAAGAAAAACAAUUACGUGUAUUUGAUUUAAUAAAACAUCCACAAAAACAAAAAGCGCCCCAGUUCCAAGCAUCCUCAUCACAUCUCAUUUCCCUGUUAUUAUAACUUGUCUUCUAGAGCCCUGGCAGAUGAUGGAGUGACUCAUGGUGAUAAUAACAGGCAGAAUUGGGCAGGAAUGGCGCUCCUGCAGUAAUUUAACAUGGAGGGACGAGGAGGAGGAGGCGGGCUUUGAUAUCAUCCCAGUCCAUCCAGUCGGCGGAAGGCCGGGCCCGCAGCUUGUCUCCAUCCUGCCUGCGCUCAUAUUUAUGCAUUAGGCGUUUCUGCAGUGAGCCGCUGGAUAUUGAUGUGUUUUAAGGAGGUGUCCCCAGUCCUCUCCUCCCCUCCAUCCCUCCCUCCCUCCCUCCCUCUCACUCUCUCCUCCCUGCCUCCUCCGUGCUGCCGAUCCGCGGGGUCUCGGUGCGCUCAGACGAGUUCGGCGUUCAGACUCAUAGGUACCCCGAUGGCCCCCCACCAAAGGGACUGCGUUAACCAGACGACCAGCCCCGGCUCCAAACUCUCCUAGCGAAGGCAGGACCCCGAGAGCCUGCUCCUGGAAUACCGCAUUGUUUUAUAAUUUCCAACCAGAGAGAGAAAGGUGAUGAUGCUGAUGAUGAGCCCGCGAUGGUGGAUUUCCCUUUUGUGCGUCUAUGGACUGAUGCGCGUCGGUCACCAGAGCAGCCCUAAUGGAGACGCCUUGUCGAGCUUGAAGGCUCUUCGUGAUGCAGGCAGGUUUGUCGGGAAGGAGGACACGGUGCCUCUCCGCCUGCUCUACAACAGGCACAACCACAGCCAGAUCACGCAGGAUGAGCUCAGCACCAGGGUUAAAGCCAGCUCCGGCUCCUCACAGGUGAACCAUGUGGCCCAAGCAAGCUUUCAGGUCAACGCUUUUGGCAGAGAAUUCAUCUUGGAUGUGGAACUAAAUCAUGAUCUGCUGUCUUCGGGCUACGUGGAGAGGCAUUUGUCAGAAAAAGGGAAGGCUGUUGUCACCAAUGGAGGAGAGCACUGCUACUACCAGGGGAAGGUCAGAGACAUCCCUCACUCCUUUGUGGCUCUUUCAACUUGUCAUGGAUUACAUGGGAUGUUUUUCGAUGGAAAUCACACCUACAUGAUUGAACCUGGAGGACAGGGCAGCGGCAAUGGAGAUGUCCACAUUCACAUGAUAUAUAAAUCUGCAGGGCAAGAAGGAUUUAACCAUCUCCUCAAUGGUGAUCUGCCAGAGCCCCCUUUUCCCAGCCCCCCAUUUCCUGGGGCAAAAGUUAUUCACAGGAGAAAAAAAAGACAGGCCCCACGUGUGUCACGCAGUGUCGAGGAUGAGACCAAAUACAUUGAGUUGAUGGUGAUCAAUGACCAUUUAAUGUAUAAGAAGCAUCGGCUUUCCAUUGGGCAGACGAAUAACUAUGCUAAGUCAGUGGUCAAUAUGGCUGACAUGAUCUUCAAGGAGCAGCUUAAUACCCGGAUUGUGCUGGUUGCCAUGGAAACCUGGUCAGCUGACAACAAGUUCAACAUUGACGACGACCCGAUGGUGACCCUGAGGGAGUUCAUGAAGUACAGAAAAGACUUCAUCAAGGAGAAAUGCGACUCUGUUCACCUCUUCUCAGGGACUCGCUUUCAUAGCAGCUGGGGUGGAGCUUCCUACAUGGGAGGAGUUUGCUCCCUCACUAAAGGAGGUGGGGUGAAUGAGUACGGGAAAACAGAUGAGAUGGCAAUAACCCUCGCUCAGUCUCUUGGACAGAACAUUGGCAUCUUCUCUGACAAGAAGAGGAUCCUCAAUGGUGAAUGCAAGUGUGAUGAUCGAUGGUCAGGCUGUAUCAUGGAUGAUGUUGGUUUCUACCUGCCCAAGAGGUUCUCCAACUGCAACGUGGAGGAGUUCCACAAUUUCCUGAACAGCGGCGGAGGAUCGUGUCUGUUCAACAAACCUCUGAAGCUGUUAGACCCUCCAGUCUGUGGAAACAGCUUCGUGGAGCCAGGAGAGGAGUGUGACUGUGGCAGCCCAGCGGAGUGUGCCAAAGAGGGGGAUAACUGCUGCAAGAAGUGCACCCUGACUCAAGGCUCGAAGUGUAGCGAUGGACUCUGCUGCAACAACUGUCAGAUGGAGUUCACGGGAGUUGUGUGUCGAGAUGCAGUGAACGACUGUGACAUCCCAGAAAACUGCACAGGCAACUCCAGCCAGUGUCCACCAAAUGUGCACAAGAUGGAUGGCUACACAUGUGAAAAGGAUCAGGGUCGCUGCUUCAAUGGAAGGUGUAAAACCAAAGACAGACAGUGCAAGUACAUUUGGGGAGAGAAGGCAACAGCGGCUGACAAGUUCUGCUAUGAGAAGCUCAACAUUGAGGGGACAGAGAAAGGCAACUGUGGGAAGGACAAGGACACAUGGAUCCAGUGUAACAAACAGGAUGUUCACUGUGGAUACCUGCUGUGCUCCAACAUCUCACCUGCGCCGCGACUCGGAGAGCUGCAGGGAGGGCUGACCUCUUUCUCCGUAGCCCGACACAGCGCUUCUCUCGACUGCAGUGGUGCUCAUGUGCUGAUCGAUGGAGACACUGACCUGGGAUACGUCGAGGAUGGGACGGCCUGCGGGACGGACCGCAUCUGUUUCAAUCACAAAUGUCUACCCAUCCAACAGUUCAACUUCAGCACUUGCCCUGGGACCACUGACAAGACCAUCUGCUCUGGACAUGGGGUGUGCAGUAGUGAGCUGAAGUGUGUGUGUUAUCUGGGCUGGGCUGGAGAGGACUGUAACUCCACGUCUCCUCUCAGUUAUCUCGUGGUGGGACCGACUGCCUCAGUUUCAGGUAUCACCAGUACAAACAUCAUCAUCGGGGCCAUUGUAGGCUCCAUUCUCUUCCUCGCCCUCAUACUGGCUGUUACAGCCUGGUGCUACAAGAGCUAUAAGCAGAGACGCUAUGUUGAGUCUGAGGUUCAGCGAAGAUUCUGCCGGCAAAUGCCCCCAGGUGACUAUGUAACCAAGCCUGGGGAUGCAGAUUCAUUUUACAGCGACAUGCCUCCGGGUGUCAGCACAAACUCCGGCUGCAGCUCCAAGAAGAGAUCUAAUGGACUUUCCCACUCAUGGAGUGAGAGAAUCCCAGAUGCCAAACACAUCUCCGACAUCUGUGAAAAUGGGCGACCGAGGAGCAACUCAUGGCAAGGAAAUCUGAGCGGUAAUCGUAAGAAACUGAAAGGAAAGAAGUUUCGUGCUCGCUCUAACUCAACAGAGACGCUAUCCCCUGCCAAGUCUCCCACUUCCUCUACAGGAUCAAUUGCAUCCAGCAGAAAAUACCCGUACCCCAUGCCCCCUCUCCCCGAUGACCAGAGGAAAGCCAACAGGCAGAGCGCCAGGCUGUGGGAGACUUCAAUAUAACAGCUGUUUUACCCACUCUGCAAAAGACCUCAAGGAACUACACUUGUCUCUCCUUUUCUAUGAAUGAAAAACACAACAAUGAAACAAAAUUGACUCUAAGCAACUAAAGAGAAAGCGAGAGAGCCCCCCACUGGAGUGGAAAUAGGCAGAGGUGUGUGUGAGUUAGUGUGUACAAGCAUCUCCGAGGCUUUCAAGCCAGACAUUCAGUGGAUCUCUACAGGACGAUGCAGAGCGCCAGCAGAGAUCCCAGCUCCACAUCCACUCCAGACCAGCUGGAGCUCAGACUGAGCUGUUCCUGUCUGCUCAGGCAUCACUUAUGGGACUGGAAACCCCAACCCCCACCCCAUACCUGUCCUUGAAACCUCAACGUAUCCUUAGCUCGGCUCUCGUCACACUCACUUCAACACCACUGUCCCCUGAGUUGUUUGGGCUCCUUUUCUUAAAAGGGGUAGCGGAGAGCCAGGAGCAGGUCAUCGUAUCACGCUGGAUUUGUCGGAUCAUUUUGACGCACGUGAAUCACUGUAGAAACUCCAACACUGUAUGCAUGAGAAAACCUUGUUUAUCAGCAACCUCCUCCCACGGAAAAGACGAGAGGGACUAAUCUGAAAUGAAAGCAUGCAAGGGGGCAGUGAUUUUAUACCUUCUGUAGGCUUAGAUGCUUUCUCUCCACUAUAGGUAACUCAUAUUGUAUCACCAGUUAUAACCCAUGACAUGGAUCCGACCUGCUCUUCCUCCCCUCGGUUUGUUUGUGCGUGUGUAAAUAUGUACAGUAAAAUACACAGAGUAUGUUUUUGCUUUUUAUUUUGAAAGAGGACAAGAUUCUUCUUCCUGCUGUAUUGUGUUGUAGACAGAAGUGGAUCUCUGUAGAUGAGUGUAGAGACUCCGCAUUUGUUCUUCUGUCCGUGUUUCUACUUUUUCAUCUUCAUUUUUUUCUUCCUGUGUGACUGUGACCUCUAUAGCUUUCUCCAUCCACAGCAGAAUGUAAAAGUGUUUCUUCUUUUUUUAUAUUAGCACUGGCUUGAUCCAUCUCUGGGAGAAAUACACAGACAUGAAGUAAUGACUGAGGAAGUAUUAACAAAGAUGUUGAUUGUGGCACAGUAAGAAUGUUACUGAGGUGGUAUUGAUUUAGCAAAGUUUAAAUAGUUUUAUGUUCCAUGCCUGUGUGAAAUGAAAUGACUGAGAAGUGUUUGGUGUAGUUAUAGAUGUGCCACUUUUCACUCAUGUGGUUUUUGGAAAUUUCCCCAUUGAUAAUGUUAAGAUGUAUUGAGUUUGGAUAUUUGGAAGUGUGAGACCAAUGUGCUCCCACUUUUGUGAUGAGAGUACGCGAAGUCGAGAGUGUGGCUGAUAACCUUACUCGCCCCAAAUCUGGGAACUGUGAUUAAAUGUGCAUUUUGGAUUUAGCUGUGAUGAUUGAGAUAUUUAGCCUUGUAAAUGAUUUACUAUGCUGUACAGUGCUUGCUGUUUGAGCUUGUGAAGACCAACAGCAUGACAGUUCUAUAUCAAAUUAAGUUAUUUCUCUGGUAGGCUAUUUGUGAGACCAUAACGGGAAAGGAGCAUGUCGCUGAAAGACUUUUUCCCCUCAUUGCCUAUUGCUGUUGUCUUAAUUGGUUUGUUUGCCACAGACUACACUGUCUGAACAAAGUCAGGACAUUUCAUGGCAGGAAGUCACAAGGUUUAAAUAUGAUUGAGAAUGGAGAUUUUGUCACGUUAGUGUAGCUAUUUAAGGUGGAUUUUUCUGGAAACGAAGCCCAUGUCGCUCCCCAAAAGCAAGUUCUUUGUACAGUUACAACUCAAACUUUUGUCUUAAGGCCUCUUGUUUGUCAUUUUACUGUUGAGUUUUUGUUCCGGUGUGGGCACUUGUUCAUUUGUAAUUCAUGUAUGCAUUAGGACUGUAUAGGUAAUAUGAUCGUCACAAUACUGGACUAAUAUUGCUACUAGUAUCUUUUUUAUUAAGUACCUUUGUAAUGUUCACUUUUUUCUCAGCAUUAUGUACAGCAACUAUUCAAACAGUAAUUAAGUGCAUUAUUGUAAUUAUGUGUGUUGAUGAGUUUGAAUGGAGACAUGAGGUUUUUUUUUUUUUGUUUUUUUUUUUUUUUUUAAACACAUUUGUUCCUCUGGCAUGUGCUGAUCUGUAUCAUAUAUAGGUUUUGGACACAGAUGUAAAUGAGAUGUGAACAGGCUCAUAAUUUGCCUUCAUCCAGAGCUUUCUUCUCUGCUCUGGUCUUCUUAAAGUAAUGGUCAGUAUCCAGUGGAGCACAUUAUCUCAGAGCUCUUGAGUAAUUUUUUUUAACAUCAUAAUACUUUGCUACAGCAAGACAUUUGUCCUGGUGUCAUGGACAUUGCAUUGACACCCUGAGGACGGUGCAGGCUGCAGUCAUUUCUGUGGUUGUACAGCUGCCAAUUUUCCUGCGAACAUAUCCGCCUGCGUACAUAGGUGAACUGACCAAUCCUACCAGGGCAACUCUGGCAAACGUCCCCACAGAUGAGCUGUCUCUCUCUGGCCAGAGACUUGAAUGUAUUCGUGUACUGGAGCACACCAACCACCCAGUCUUAACCAUGUGGUCCCAUCCUGCCAGAUGCAUCGGCUCUCCAGGAAUCUUAAAAACCCCACAUGUACGAGUUCAAAUCUGAAUACUGCAGUUGCUGUCUUUUUUUCAUUUUAAUUUUUUCAUUUUGCCUGUAUGCUGUACAGACUCAUGAUGCAAAAAUCAAUCCCCAUAUUUUUUUUCUCCUCUUAAUCAUUCAGUAUUGUAAUAUAUUUAAUAUAAAAUAAAACUUUCAUCAACACAA